CAGUCACGUCUGCCACAUGAGCAUGCCAGUCCAUUUGCAGCAUCAGGAACUUCCACAACUUUGUGUUCAGAUCAGGGUCUGAUUUGGUCCUCAUCCGACAGCCAACAUGACUAUAAGGACAGCCCGUCCCAACCGGGGCCAGCAUGUCCCCCCUCGCAUGCACUGCCUGAAAAAGCUGGAGGCCAUUGUGGUAGAAAUGCAAGACCCAAAAAAUGGAGUUAAAAACUCGGUGCAGAAGCUUAACGUUACCACCAUCCCACAUGCUGCUGCUGGAAAUGACAUCAUAGCAUGGAUUAACACCAAGAUGAAGACCACUGUGGAAGAAGCUCAAGUGUUUGGUACCAUGCUAGUGGCAUAUGGCUACAUCUACCCUCUAAAGAACCACAAUAAACUGGUGAUGUGCAAUGACUCCAGCCUCUACCGCUUCCAGACCCCGUACUUCUGGCCAACACAGAAAUGGGUUCCAGAGGAUUCUGAUUAUGCUAUUUACCUGGCAAAGAGGAACAUCCGUAAGAAAGGCCAGCUUGAGCCAUAUGAGCAGACUCAUUACAACCACCUUCAUGAAUGGCUCAACCACAAGUGGGAAUUUAUUGUAAUGCAAGCCACUGAACAGUACAAGGCCGGUAGAGACCGGAACAAGCCAGACCGAGUCAUCUUUGACUGCCAGGAGAGGGCCUAUUGGAUGGUGAACAGACCUCCGCAUCGCACUCACAGCGCUCUGGACUGUGGCCCAGAACGACUCAUCGACCCGAACACCGAGGAGAGAAUCUCCUUUGACCAGUACAGACGUGUGAACGUCUUCUACCAACAAGCCAUCAUGAGGUCAAAGGUCAAAUCUAGUGUGUCACUUGGAGCGUUGGUUAAAUACAUCACAACCUACAAAAACCACGACCCAUUCCUGGCUCCCUGCCAACCCAGCAACCCCUGGCAGACGGACCAUGAUGCGUACUGGACUCUCAACAUGAGGAGAGUUGAGGCUCCCACGAAGAUGCGGGUGGAACGCUGGUCCUUCAGCUUGUUCGAGCUCCUGACGGACCUGAGAGGCCGAGAUGAUUUCAAGAUCUUCCUUAAGAAGGAGUUCAGUGGUGAGAACCUGGCCUUCUGGGAAGCAGCUGAAGAACUGAAGUGGGGCACGGCUUCCUCCAUGUCCACUAAGGCUGAGACCAUCUUCAAGACCUUCCUGGCCCCUGGUGCUCCCCGAUGGAUCAACAUUGACGGAAGGACUAUGGGUCUUACAGUGAAAGGCCUGGAGCAUCCUCAUCGAUACGUCCUGGAGGCAGCUCAGACACACGUCUUCUUGCUCAUGAAGAAGGACACAUUCUUCCGUUACCUGAAGUCUCCAACAUACAAAGAGAUCCAGAAGAAGGCUCUGAGCCCCGAGACUCAUAGCUUCAGCCCAGCCCAGCUGCAGCAGAACGCUCAGAACCGGAGCCCAGGAAUCCAUCCCAUCAUUCUGUGGCAGCAGGAGGAGGAGGAGAAGGCCAAGGCUGCUGCUGCCUCCGCUCCAGUCGAUGUCAAAGCGGUGAUGAGCAAAAUCGACAGGAAGAAGUAGACGAGGGGCGGAUUUAGGGCUUCUGGAAAUCAGCCUCAUCUGAACAUGGAGCCCAAAUCGGUUCUAGCGAGGAACCGGUCCUGGUUCUAGAGUACGUGCAGGCAGAGGGGCUGAUGGGAAAGGAGUUCUUAGGCUGUUGUUUCAUGUUCGUAGUGGCAGAAAACUGCAGUUUUAGUGCUGCAGACUCAGAACAUACAGCAGGUGUGUAGACGAACAGCUCCACAGGCUGAGAUGUUGGGUUCAUCUCAUCAGGACCACAGGAGGCUGCAGAACCGUUAAAAGUUCUCCUUCACUUGUUUUGUGUUUUUCCAAUAAAUCUGCUGGU